UACUCCGAGAACAGCGCCUCCCGCCUGACCCAGGCGGCUUCCUUUACCGUAACCAGAGAGACAACCGGCCCGGCGCGCUCCGCGGAAGCCGCCAGUGGCGGGGCGGGGAGUCGACGCGGGCCGCCAGGGACGCGGUUUGGAAGAGCCCAUGAUGACUGAAUGAGUGGAGCCCAGCUGUGAGGCUGCCCCAGCAUGGAUGACUACGUAGUCCUGAGAGUGAUCGGGGAGGGCUCCUUUGGCAGAGCUCUUUUGGUUCAGCAGGAAAGCAGUAAUCGGAUGUUUGCCAUGAAAGAAAUAAGGCUUCCUAAGUCUUUCUCUGAUACACAGAGUUCUAGGAAGGAGGCUGUUCUGUUAGCCAAAAUGAAACACCCCAAUAUUGUUGCCUUUAAAGAAUCAUUUGAAGCUGAAGGACAUCUGUAUAUUGUGAUGGAAUAUUGUGACGGAGGGGAUCUGAUGCAAAAGAUUAAACAGCAAAAAGGAAAGUUAUUUCCUGAAGAUAUGAUAUUUAAUUGGUUUACACAAAUGUGCCUUGGAGUAAAUCACAUUCACAAGAAACGUGUGCUACACAGAGAUAUCAAGUCCAAGAAUAUCUUCCUCACCCAAAAUGGAAAAGUAAAAUUGGGAGACUUUGGAUCUGCCCGUCUUCUGUCCAAUCCGAUGGCAUUUGCUUGCACCUAUGUGGGAACGCCUUAUUAUGUGCCUCCAGAAAUUUGGGAAAACCUGCCUUAUAACAAUAAAAGUGACAUCUGGUCCUUGGGAUGCAUUCUGUAUGAACUCUGCACCCUUAGGCAUCCAUUUCAGGCAAAUAGUUGGAAAAAUCUUAUCUUGAAAAUAUGUCAAGGGUCCGUCAGUCCACUGCCGUCGCAUUACUCCUACGAGCUGCAGUGUCUCGUCAAGCAGAUGUUUAAACGGAACCCUUCACAUCGCCCCUCAGCUACCACGCUGCUCUGCAGACGCAGCAUGGCUCGGCUUGUCCAGAAGUGCUUACCCCCUGAGAUCAUCACAGAAUAUGGUGAACAGAUAGUAGAAGAAACAAAAAAAACUAAGCAUAAUACACCAAGCAAAAAGGACCCCAGCAGAAUCAGGAUAGCUUUGGGAAAUGAAGCAAGCAUGGUGAAAGAGGAAGAACAAGACAGAAAGUAUAGCCAUACUGAUUUAAAAAGCAUUAAUAAAAAUGUGGCUGAAAGUACAUUGAGGAGAGUAAACAGAGAAGAAAAAGGUAAUAAAUCAUUCCAACUGAGGGAAGCCAGCUCACCAAGCCCUCAGAGGCGACAAUGGGAGAAAGAUGCACCCAAUACAGCUCUUACAGCCUUGGAAAACUUAUCCGUACUUACCUCCAGUUUACCCGCAGAGGGCGAUAGAGGUGGUUCUGUAAUAAAGUACAGUGAAAAUAAUACUCGUAAGCAGUGGCUCAAAGAGACCCCUGACACCGUGUUGAACAUCCUUAAGAACGCUGAUCUCAGCUUGGCAUUUCAAACAUACACAAUAUACAGACCAGGCUCAGAAGACUUCUUGAAAGGCCCCCUGUCUGAAGGAACAGAAGCAUCAGACAGUGUUGAUGGAGGCCAGGAUUCUGUCAUUUUGGAUCCAGAGCGACUGAAGCCUGGGCUGGAGGAGGAGGACACGGACUUUGAGGAAGACGACAACCCCGAUUGGGUGUCAGAACUGAAGGAACGAGCUGGACUGCAAGGUGUAUCUGAUGGAUAAUGCCCAAGGAGAUGUCCCUGAGUCACACUAAGGAGAUGCUGCAAAUGAGGAAUUCAUGUUGGAAUAAUAAUUAGUUCACAGGAUGUAUAUUUUCCUUUGGAAACAGAAUGAAGAGGGGGGAAUUGUUAAUAUUUAAAAUUGUUCCUGAUUAGUAUCAUGGAGUGUAAAAAAUCUAGAACUCCUGUGAGUUUUUGAACUCAAGGGAGAAGUUCUGGCAGAAUGGAAUGAGCUUUGGGCUUUGCAGUACAGGAGAGCAGAAGUUAGAUCCUAGCUCUGCCACUAACUAGUUGUAUGAUUGUCAGAAAUUACUUUAACCUCUUUGAGCCAGAAUUCCCUUAUCCAUAAAAUGAGGAUAAUGAUGCCUACCUCAGGGAUGCUGACCAUAGACCAUCACAGCAGCCCUUAUGUUAUUAUUGCAGUUAUGAUUUGGGUUUAUUACUGCGUAACUCUUUUUAUGUUUCCUAAAGAGUUAAAGAUCUAAAUGUACUUAAUUAUAACAUAACAAUAUGUGCCGCUUUUCAAAUAGACCCAGUUAUGGGUAAUUUGAAGAUCUUCACCAACUACCAGCUGUCCUUAAAUACGGUCCCUCACAGGAUGCCCAGAAGAGCCCAGGGUGGAGGGCCAGCCAUGGGAGGAGUGGCGUGGGCUGCAGAUCUCGCAGAAGGGGGCAGCCCUGUAGGUGACAAAGCCAUGAGGCCAAAGGUGAGAAGAUAGGGAAGUGUCAGAAACUGGAAAGUGAUGUGGAACGAAUGGGGGGACUCACGGCACACGCAUGCUGGGUCCAUGAUACUUCAGUGAGAUGAGAAUAGUUUACUAAAGAAGAAACAGCCUUUUCCCAGUGGAUCUGUUUUACAGGGGUGUAAAACUGGUAUAGGAAACAGCACUAAAGUAAAGAAUAAGGGGAAAAUACAGUAGUGACAUUAAUGAGCAUUUGCUAAAAUCUGGACUAUGUACAUCUCUUAAAGAUUUAACAGGUUUUUUAAUCUUAACAUACAAAACCUGUGGUGUAGACCCCCAUCCCCAUCAUACACUUUACUUAUACGUGUAGUCAUCUUUAGUCUCCUCUGCUCUUGGCAGUCUCCUGCUCUUUCCUUGUUUUACAGGACUUUGAUAUUUUUGAGGAGUACUGCUUAGAUAGUUUGUAGACUGUCCCUCAAUCUGGGUUUGUUUGAUAUUUUUCUCCUGAUUGGACUGAGCUUAAGGGUUUGGGGGAAAACGACAAAGGUGAAGUGCCCUUCUCAUCACACCCUAUCGGGGAGUAGGUGACAUCCACAUGACAUUACUGGUGGCAUUCACCUUGAUCACUAGGUUAAGGCAGUGUCUGCCAGCGUUCCACUGUAAAGUUGCUAAUUUUCCAUUUUCAUGCUCUGUUCACUCUACAUGAGUCAUUAAGUCUAGCCCAUACUGAAGUGGAGACAAAUUGGUCUCUACCCCUGGGAAGGAAGUGGGGGUAUAAUCCAAUACUAUGUCAUUUGUAUUGUUGCUUGAAUUUUUCUAGUUUGGGCCGUUGGGAGUUGUUUCAGGUUGGUUCUUGUGUUCUUUGACAUGUUCCUAUCCUUUUUGAGCACUUUCUUCCUUGCGGGCACUAUAAGAAGAUACUCCAGGCUCAUCUUGUACCUUCUCUGCCCCAGCCUCAGAAUCAUCCAUUUACCAAGGAGCCUUGGUUCCCUUCAUUGGUUGAGAAACCAAGAUCUAGGUGCUGGGUAUACUUGUUCUACUGGUAUGUUACUUCUUCUAGGUCCUCCCAGCAGACAGAGCUGGGAAAUACAUGCGUGUAUACUAACCCGUGGACCCACACAUCUCUAUAGUUAUCUCUGCAUCUGUCCAUCUAUAUGCAUAUUAAACUAAGGGUGGAUUCCUACUGAUGCCCCAACUAAUCCUGUACCAUAGUUUCAGGCUAGCCUUCACCACUUGCUUUUCUGUAACUUCUCCCUGACAAUGAGAAACCCAGCUUGCAUCAUCUGCCAUCCUGAUCUUAGCUGUUCAACCCCAGUAUACUUGUAAAGGAGUUUCCAAAUCAUUAACCCUGUGAGAAACAAAUUUACAGAGUUUACAUAUCUUUCCUAUUGUCUGCCUCGCAGUUUGCAGUCAAAUACUGUUUUCUGAUUUUGCUUAAGUUAGCUCCUUGAACGGCAGCUCACCACUCUUGAGGAUUUCAUAUUAAAGCAGGCAUGGAUCAUUUUAAGGAUCUUUCCAGAUACUCAGCUUCCAUAUAUAUAGUACGCUAUACCUCUUAGUCAUCUCAAAUCUUAGCAUUGACCCAGGAUGUGAACAUUCCAAACCACCGAGCAAAGGGAACUUAAAAUUAUGUAUAAUUAUUGAGAGACUGAAUGAGUCUUGGAUAAUAAAUCGUUUUGAAUAUCA